AUGCCAAACCUCCCAGGUUCCUCUAAGCCGCCCUCCGCAUCGAGCUCGAAACCCUCGUCCAUUAAGUCACAGGAUGGCGUCAAGAAAUCCCCUGGUUUGACACCGCAGAACGGUACAGGCCUUAAUGGCACUCCUUCCGACACUCAUUUGAAGCCCCCGGACAAGUCUUCAGUCAAGAACCGUCUCACCCGCAUGUUCUCCUCCAAGGACCCUUCUCGAGUUCCAACCCCCGCCCCGUCCUCAGUCGACCUUCCUAACCGUCCGCGGGCUUCAUCAACGAAUGGCACCUCAACCCCUGCUGGGAAAACCUCGUCCGCCGAGAAGGGUGGUGAGAAGUCUACGACCAAGUCAACCGAAAAGCCGACGUCUGCGGCAAAAACAACCAAGCCUUCAAGUAGCAAGGAACAAUUUCAGCGAUUCGUCCUCGAUGCCGAGUUCCAAGGCGGCCAUGAGCAUCACCUCAGGUCUAGCAGACGCCAGGAGAAGCUGACAGACAUGUGGAGAACGUUUCUGCGCAAAAAGCAAGACGCUCCUGAACACGACCUUUCCCUCGUCUCAAAUUGGGUGGACACUCUACAGCAGGAGAAGGAAGAGGCCAGUGACAAAAAGGGCGGGCCCAACGCAACAACAACCCUGGUUGAAAAGUACGGCAAAUGUCAAGAGGUUGUCGGACGUGGGGCUUUCGGCAUUGUUCGGAUUUCCCACAAGAAGGUCGGUGGCAGUGGCGAGAAGCUCUUUGCUGUCAAGGAAUUUCGACGGAGACCCGAAGAAACCGAAAAGAAGUAUAGCAAGCGACUGACGGCCGAGUUUUGCAUCUCAUCAUCGCUUCGCCACCCUAACGUUAUUCACACUCUAGAUCUCCUCAAGGAUGCCAAGGGAGAUUAUUGUGAAGUGAUGGAGUUCUGUGCCGGAGGUGAUUUGUACACCCUUGUCCUGUCGAGUGGCAAGCUCGAGGUGCAAGAGGCCGACUGCUUCUUCAAGCAAAUGAUGCGAGGUGUCGAAUACCUGCACGAAAUGGGUGUAGCGCACCGUGACCUCAAGCCGGAAAACCUCCUCCUGACGACGCGUGGUGCUCUCAAGAUUACCGAUUUCGGUAACGGAGAGUGCUUCCGCAUGGCAUGGGAGACGGAUGCGCACAUGGUUUCUGGCCUUUGCGGCUCGGCUCCUUAUAUCGCCCCCGAAGAGUACACAGACAAGGAGUUUGAUGCUCGAGCAGUUGACGUGUGGGCUUGCGGUGUUAUUUACAUGGCAAUGCGCACAGGUCGUCACCUCUGGCGACUUGCCAAGAAGGAUGACGACGAGUUUUAUGCUCGCUAUCUCGAAGGUCGCCGAGAUGAGGAAGGUUACGGCCCUAUCGAGUCUCUUCAUCGGGCUCGCUGUCGUAAUGUCAUCUACUCGGUUCUUGACCCUCACCCGACUCGCCGCUUGACAGCCGCCCAGGUCCUUAAGUCAGAAUGGGUGCGCGAGAUCAAGCUCUGUAAGGCCGGCGAGGAGGGUCUGUAA